AUGGUCGAGGUUACUGCACUCCGCUUUGAGCAGCAUCCCCUAGGACUAGGCGUACAUUGCUCUUUGCCUCGCAUCUCCUGGACCUUCUCUGCUGUCGAUGACUCCAUCUGCGACUGGACACAGUCCCAGUAUGAGAUUUCAGUGUGCCGUGAAACUGGGUCGCCAUCUCACUUCGUUCUCAAAAGUCCCGAUUCAUCAACGGUCCCCUGGCCGAGCACGCCAUUGCAGUCGCGAGAACAAGCCCAGGUGCGAGUUCGAGUGUAUGGUAGCUGGAAGGAUAGAGCAAGCGAGCGCGCACACUCGGAUUGGUCUGCCUGGUCGUCUUGGGCAACGGUCGAAUGCAGCCUUCUUAGUUCGCAGGAUUGGACUGCAAUGCCUAUUUCCAGCCCGUCUGUUCCAAGUAGCCACGAAGACGAGCCAUUGAGGCCCGUACUCUUUCGAAAGGAAUUUGUACUGCCUGCCAGGGUUGGCUCCGUGCGACGAGCCCGGUUGUAUAUCACGGCAUUCGGGGUCUAUCGGGCGUAUCUCAAUGGGUCCCGAAUUGGGGAUCAUGAAAUGGCGCCCGGAUGGACAAGCUAUCACCACCGACUUGCAUAUCAAGUGUUUGACGUCGAUUUAUUGAUAUACGGAAACGGUAAUAACGUGCUGAGUGUCGAGGUCGCCGAAGGCUGGUAUGCAGGCCGUCUGGGCUUUGGUGGUGGCAAACGGCAUAUGUACGGAGAUCGGAUGGCAGUCAUGGCUCAGUUGGAGGUUGAUGGGCUCGCAAGUGGACGAUUCCAGGUUGUGUCAGACACCAGCUGGAAGUGCCACCCAAGUCCCAUCGUGAAGAGUGAAAUCUACAACGGCGAAUUGUAUGAUGCGCGGGCGGAAGUCGCCGACUGGAACCAACAUGGCCCUCGUUAUUGUGAUGCCGACUGGGAGAGAGUCUGCGUUUUAGACUUUCCUCGGGCGAGAUUAUACGCCCCAAACGCGCCCCCGGCACGAACAACAGAGAUGUUGGCACCCCAGAAGAUAUUCACUACCCCGGCCGGCCGGAUAAUCCUCGACUUCGGCCAGAAUCUGGUCGGAAAGCUUUUCAUACAUUCAAUGAUCCUCCCAGUUAACGCAACGGUGACCUUCACUCACGCCGAGGUCAUGGAAGACGACAGUGAAUUGGGAACGCGACCCCUUCGUGGUGCACAAUGCGUCGAUACGGUUAUCUCGUCUGGGCAGCCGUUGAUUGAUUGGUCGCCGAAAUUCACCUUCCACGGUUUUCGAUUCGUGCAAGUCGAUGGAUGGGACCCUCGGACGGAGCUGUCCUGGCAGAGCAAUAUCCGGGCGCUGGUAAUUCACACCGACUUCAAGCGAACGGGACGAUUUGAGUGUUCCAACCUGGCCAUCAAUCAAUUACAUCGAAAUGCCUGCUGGAGUAUGCGUGGGAACUUUUUGUCUAUCCCCACGGACUGCCCCCAACGAGACGAACGCUUAGGAUGGACAGGAGACAUCCAGGUUUUCGGCCCCUCUGCGACAUUCCUUUAUGACUCCAUUGGCAUGCUUUCAGAGUGGAUGGAAGAUGUUGCUUGCGAGCAAUCAGAUCACCACGGCGUUCCCCCUCUGGUGGUACCCAAUGUUCUGGACCAUGUGUGGCCAUCCAUUCCCCAAGCUCUGUGGGGCGAUGUGGUGAUAAUACUUCCCUGGAUAUUAUAUCUAUCAUCUGGUGAUCGCCAUAUUUUACAUCGACAGUAUCCCAGCAUGAUCUCAUGGCUGGACAAGGGAGUACGUCGAGGCAAAAACGGACUGUGGGAUCCGGAGAUAUGGCAAUUGGGCGACUGGCUCGACCCGCAAGCGCCGCCCGACGAGCCUGGUGAUUGCCGAACAAGUGGCACGCUGGUAGCAGACGCAUAUCUCAUGUACGUCACAUCUCUCAUGGCUGACAUUGCCUCGGUUCUCCAGAGAGAGACAGAGAGUACACAUUACAGCUGCAAAGCUCAGCAUCUCCGUGCCCUUUUUCAAGAAAAGUACGUUACGCCAUCCGGCCUCAUAGUCGGGGACUCCCAGACCACUUAUUCCUUAGCAAUCGUCUUCGGGCUCUUAUCCACAGAGCAGCAGUUGGCCACAGCGAGGCAUCAACUUGCUGCGCGUGUCCGCAUGGCAAAGUUCCGCGUAGCAACCGGAUUUGCCGGUACGCCUGUAGUUUUACGGGCUCUCACAGAAACUGAUAAUCUCCCUUUGGCCUACCGGAUGCUCCUCGAAGACGGUUGCCCAUCGUGGUUAUAUCCUAUUACUAUGGGCGCCACCACCAUCUGGGAACGUUGGGACAGCAUGCUGCCAAACGGUACUAUCAACCCCGGCGAGAUGACUUCUUUCAAUCAUUAUGCCUUGGGUUCCGUGGUCAAUUGGCUCCAUGAGACUGUGGGCGGCUUGCGGCCGCUCGAAGCUGGUUGGAAGACUGCACUGGUGUUUCCACAACCAGGAGGCUCUUUAACGUACUCUGCAGUGUCGUACGAAAGUAUUUACGGCAACUGGAGCUGCCAAUGGCAACUGGUUCACGAUGUCGAUCGAGGGGAAGAACUGACAUUCUGUUUGGAUCUGGUCGUCCCACCAAACUGUCAAGCAGUGGUCAAGGUCCGGGCUGAUGAAAAUGGUACCAGCAAUCUAGAGGAGAAUGUGGGAUCUGGAAAGCAUCAGUGGAGGAUUCCCUUCUGUCCUUCGCCAUGGCCGCCCCAGGCGACUGCGCCAUUCAUAACGAAUCCAGGGCAAGAUGUGAUAUAG